UUGAUUCCCCGAGUGUCAGAAGCUCGUAAAUUCCCAUUUGUGAAGUGGAGUAUCACUUCCAGUUCAAUUGAAUUCAAAUGGACAGCGACGAGAGGGCAGCUUUGAACUACGACUGCAACUACAAUCUUUUGCUAGCUAAACGUCUCAUCAAGAAGCUGGUUAAACUCCAAGAUCGAAAGCUCGUCGUUCAGUGGCUGAAAUACCUCAUGUCUUUCAAUGAAAAUCUAUCCGAGAUGGAGUUGAGGAACGACUUCAUGUACCACCUGGUCCUGAACAUGCAGGAGGGCAGCCUGAAGCCACCCUUCUCCUCUCAACCGUCAACAAAAACCCCGAUUUCUGAAUUGACACAUCUCAUUCCUGGCAGAAGCGACAAGACGAUGACAGUCGAGGAGAUGAUGGCGGAGAUCGAUGGGGACGUCAAUCUGGGGAGCAACAAACCACUCGUCAUGGAAAAAUCACCGGAUGGCGGGGCUUUCUUCGCUCAACAACCCAUGCCCCAUGAAGGAGCUUUCGCUUAUCUCACUAUCAGCACUAAAGCGCACAGAUCGAUGAAAAAAUGCCCCUUAGAUUGAGUGUCUUACGGUCUUUUUUAUUCACCAUUUUUUUAAAUAUUUAAUUUUUUUAUGUUGUCAUUUCUCAAUUUUUUUUCCAAAUAU